GCUACAUUAUAAGACUGUGGGUGAUUUGCGCCUUGUUUAUCACAAGACUCGAGAACAGUCGCAGUCCCCAAUCUCCUGAACCACAACAGUUAUCAUCGAUGGGAUGGAUCAAAAUAAAACCAAUCUACCGCAUCUGACCACAGAAGAUAAAACAAGCAAGGGUCAGAUAAGACUGAAAACGCAUAUCACAGGAAUAAAAAUUCACUGUUCGCCUACCGAGGACACAGAUUCCGUCAUCGCAAUAGUUUACGUUGAUGUCAAUGAGUAUCCUCACGACUCCAAUUUGACCAUUUCCAUCCUGCUUGAUGUGCUGCUAGUGCUAAUGCACCACCGCAUCUUUAAACCCAAACUCCAUCUACAAAUGGACAAUUGUUGGAGGGAGAACAAGAAUCGCUACAUUCUUUCAUUCUUGUUCUUCCUUGUGCAUAUAGAUGUUUUUGAAGAGGUAUCUCUGAACUUCUUACCAGUUGGUCAUACGCAUGAGGAUGUUGAUCAGAUGUUCAGAUGUAUCAAUACAGCCAUUUCUUCCUGCGGCAAUAUCAAUACUCUGGAUGAAUUCAUGGAUAGACUAACGGACAAAGAUACAUUCUCGCCUAAGAUUUAA